AUGUCAUCAGGCACAAACGAACUAGAACAACAUCUCCUCACUCGAUGUUAUGACUCUUCGCACGAAAUCUUACAACUCUUGGAACUGCGGUACUCAGCCACCGGUGAUCAGAAAAGUACCAUAUUCUUAAAACGAGGAACACCAUCAUCGCAAACACAAAAAAAACUAAAUCUCCUACAACCUUCAACAACCACAGGACACCCUCCUUCCACGUCUUUGUCCAAUUCUUCUUCUUCUUCUUCUUCUUCUUCUUCUUCUUUUAGACGCGACUUGCUCAAACGACGAAAACAAUCGACACGUGUUGACCUCAAACAAUACAUUUCCCAAACCCUUAAAAGCCAACGCAAAUUAACCAAGAAAAUUCAACACCUUCAACGCCAAAACGUCAAAUUCAAUUUAAACCAUCUACUACGUACAUACAACAUUCCACAAUUUGAAAGUUUCCUCCAUAUGAAUUCAUUAUGGCAAAGCUAUAUUCAAAGCUUACUAACGUACGACGGUAAAUUCCAAUUGCAAAUCUCACAAAUCGUUUCCAGGUUAGUCAAUGCUGAUUUUAAUGGAUGUUUCAUAACGGUUUUGCAAUCGCGAAAUACAAACCUCGUGGGGACGAGAGGCAUAAUUGUAUGGGACGCACAACAUCUGUUUAUUAUAGUUGCACCCCAGGGAAACCAAAGCAAAGAAUGGUUUAGCAGCUUGGAUGACAAAGGAAAUGAGCAACCGGAAAGGAAUCGCAAGAACAAAAUAUCAGCUUCUGAUUUGGUAAGCGGAUUCAAAGCUAUACCCAAACAGCACACAAUGUUUGGAUUCGAUAUCAUUGUUCCGCGCGAUAAAAGGAAAGUUGGAGGCACACAGUCUCAUCAUGAUAUCAAUGUUGAUCAAGCCAACAAAGAUCAAACAGAAGAAAAAGAACCCGAACAACAAGAGACCAUACCAUUCACAAUGAUUGGCUCGAGGUUUGAAAUCAGAAGCAUUGACCGAUCUUCGAAAAAAUUUAAAAACCACUCAGUCGAUAAUAUAUUGUAA